AUGUAUUUCUUCGGACCCAUCGAAGUUGCUGAAAGAAGACAUGAAAAACGUUGGUGUUUAUUAUUCACUUGCAUGUCUGUCAGAGCUAUUCACAUUGAAGUCGCUCAUUCGCUAACAACAGACAGUUGUAUAAUGGCCAUACAAAGAUUCACCAGCCGCAGACCUUGUCCACGAGAAAUCUUCUCUGAUUGUGGUACAAACUUUAUAGGUACUAAUAGAGAGUUACAGCAACAAGUGAAACAUUUGGAUCAUCAAAAAAUUCAGAAGACCCUUAUUCAUAUGGAAGAAGGUAUCAAGAGUGGAAUUUCAAUCCAGCACGAACACCACACAUGGGAGGUUGCUGGGAGAGGUUGA